CAACUACAUUGUCGUCAGUGUUAAACAUGGCUGCACCCGAUACAGACGUCUCAUUACAAAUUGAACCGAGUAAAACACCCGCUAACCUAGAAGAUUUAUCAAAAGAGGGCAAGACACCUCAAGAGGCAGAGCAGUCAUGGGAGGGAACUCGGGAGGAAUCUUGUUCACAACGGAAAGAUGAUGCCAAGAAGGCAUCAACACCAACAGAAGAGACACGCCCACCCUGGAAAGGUGUUCUUGUGGAGUGUGCCAAAUUAUGGAGUUAUUUGUCAGGAGUUGCAACUUUUGAAAGAACAAAUAUGUUGAGGAAAGGGAGAGAAGUACACAAAAUUUAUGUGGAAGUUAUUAAAGGAAAGACAUUUUUAGACGAUCAGUUUACAUUGACAGAAUUUGGCCGAAUGGUCUUGCAGAAUGGCACGAUAAGGGCAGGACGUGCUAAAAAUGCCAAACAAAUUGUGGUUGCUAGGGAGACACUAUAUUGUAGUGGAUCUGGAGCCUGUAAAAGGGCCUGUGGUUACUAUGGAGAAUGUAUGCCAGGAUGUGACAAGACAAAAAUGAGAGGCCAUAAAUGUAGCUACAGAGUCAAACUAACAAUGCGACUUGGUUACGUCAAUCAUUGGUUCGUAGAAGUUCUUGGUUCACAUGACCAGUUUGCUGCUUCUAACUACAACCUAAGCCAAAGUAUCAUGAACUCUCCUUUAUCAAAGAGCAAUAAUCCAUGUUCGCCAAACCAAAGAACUCCACCUAGUGGUAGAAAGUCAGAAUCACCAUGCCAUUCACCAAAAAUGACUAUGUCACCAAAUAAGAACCUGCCAAAUAGUGAUGCUUUAAGUAACGGUGCUAUAAAUACAAUGCCAAUUAACUUGCCAACUCAGAAUUUGCCAAAUUCUCUUGCCCCACUCAUAAAUAGCUUGCCAAAUUCAGUUUUAUCUAGUCAAACUAUGGGUUUGCCGUUAGGAUUCCAACAUGUGUUGCCACUUGCCUCGCCAUCAGCCAUAUUUCCUAGUCAGGGCAACCAUGGCAACUUGGCCAGUCUGUUUACUGGUGCCUCUAGUCAGUAUUUUCCAAUAACUCAAAACACAGACCAAAAUUCUCCACAAGAUGUUCCAUUACCUCUAGUCAAAGUGAAAAAAGAACCCAUUGAAGUGGAAAUUGAAAAAGCUGUUGCCAUGGAAAUUAAUGAAGCUUUAAAUAGAAAUGGGAUGGGUAUAUCAAGUCCACCACAGGAAAGAGCCAAAGCACGAAAGAGAUUUACACCAGUCCAAAGAGAAAAUAGAAUGUUUUCAAUAACCAGCUUGGCAACAGAUUCUGAAAGGAAUGGAACCCGACAUGACCUUGACUCACACGUAAGAAAAGAAUUACGAGAAUUAGUAACUCGACGUGAACAUGAGCGUGGAGCAAUGGGGUCAACUGCUGAUUCUGUUUCUAACGAUUCUCCCAUAAAUUAUAGUAUAAAUGGUGAUAAAAAUUGUGAUGAUACAUACACAUAUGUUUGGGAUGGAGAUACAAGAUCUUCUGAGGUCGAGGUUAAUGAUGGGGAAGGCCAGCCAAAGGACCUGAUAUCAAGAGUCCAGCAGUUAGAAUCUCAUGUCAAACAAUUGAGGAAUGUUGUGUUGAAGAACCAAGGUGACAGCAAACAUUGUCGAAAACAGAAACAAAAAGAAUUUGAUUUUAAAAAGUUCAACACCAGGCAUGUUGCCCUGAAGAUCUUAUAUCUAGGUUGGGACUAUCAUGGGUUUGCUGUACAAGAAGACACAGAUAAAACCAUAGAAUUAGCUUUGUUUGAUGCCCUUAUUAAAACAAAACUAAUUGAAUCAAGGGAAAUAUCAAAUUACCAUAGAUGUGGACGAACAGAUAAAGGUGUUAGUGCAUUCAGUCAGGUGAUAUCAAUAGAUCUAAGAACCAAUUUACUGGAGGGACCAGGAGUUAAAGUCAGAGAAGAUGGUACAGCUAGCGACCGACCAGGAGACAAAACCAUAGAGAUUAAAUAUGUCCACAUUCUCAAUAAAGUACUACCUCAAGAGAUCAGAGUCUUGGCCUGGACUCCAGUCAACACAGACUUUAGUGCUAGAUUUGACUGUAAAAAGAGAACAUAUAAAUAUUUUUUUCCAAAGGGCAACUUAAAUCUACAGAUAAUGUCUGAAGCAGCUGACAAACUGGUUGGUGAACAUGACUUUAGAAAUUUCUGUAAGAUGGAUGUUGGUAAUGGUGUUGUGAAUUUUAUGAGAAGAAUUGUGAAAGCUGACAUUGCUGUCCUUGAUGAAAGUGAUACUGAGUACCAGAUGUGUGAGUUAACCAUUACAGGCUUAGCAUUCCUUUGGCACCAGAUCAGGUGUAUUGUGACAGUCCUGUUCCUGGUCGGACAGGGAAAUGAAAAACCACAGAUUAUAGAUGAGUUACUAGACAUAGAUAAACAUCCAAGGAAACCUCAGUACACAAUGGCAUCAGAACUUCCAUUGAAUUUGUUUGAUUGUGAAUUUUCUAAUGAUAUUGAAUGGAUCUAUGAAGCUGACUGGCAUGAAGAGAAUAUAAGGCACCUACAACAAAUGUGGGCACAGCAUGCUGUCAGAACUGCAAUGUUGAAAAGAAUGCUAGAAGAGAUGGACACUGCCAAAGUAGAAACAGAUAGUGAUAUUGCCCCUUGGAGUGACCUAAGUCCUCCACUGUAUUCCCAAUCUGAUUGGAUAGUACCAGGAAAGGUCAAAGUUUAUAAACCAUUGUUAGAAAGACAGAAAUGUGAAAGUUUGGAAGACAGAAUAGAACAUUUUGCAAAGAGGCGGAAAAUUAUGUCUGCAACAGAAUCAACAGCAGAGACUACAUGAUGUGAUGUCAAAGAGAUAGUUGUAAAAACAUGUGCAUGUCUUAUCAAACAAAUGCAAGGUCAUAUGAUUUCAUUUAACAAUCAAAAAUGAUCCGUAAUUUGAGGCAUCAAAUUUGAAAAUAUCUGUCUCAGUUUUCAUGGAAAUAUAACGGAAAAAGACAAAACUUAAAAACUUAAUAAUAGUAUAGAUAUGGAAUCAAGAUUUCAUAUUUGAUUCAUAGGCAGCAAGAAGAGUUAAAGAGAAGUCAUUUGUCACCAAAGCAAUACACCUAUUUGAUGUGUUACUGUGUAAACUGUUGCCAUAGUAACUUUUUAUGCUAGUCAAUUAUUAGCUGCAUUUUGGUGCAGAAUUAUAUUAUAAGGGUGCUAGAGAUUGCAUUUCUAUUUUUUACUUUAUUCCAUGUUUUGUUUUACAAUAUUUUAAUUAAUGCUGCAUAAUUUUGUUGAGAGAACAUUAAGUGCUAUUUUCAAUGAAGCAAUACUUUGCAUUGUUUAUAUAUUUUGUAUAUAAUGUUAAAUGUGGGAAAAGGAAAUACUCAGCUUGUGUUUUCAAUGUUCUGCUGUUGUAACCUAGAUGCAUUUUUGUUUCUACUUGACGGAGUCAAAAAGCGAGACAUAGGUAUGCUGUUUCCGGCGUCAGCGGCGUCAGCAAUGUAUUAGUUUGUGAUUAGGUCUGUUUAUGUUGAACCACUAGUGAUAGGUCAAUGAUAUUUAUUAUACUUCAUGUCAAAAUACCAGAUUUUGAUUGGUUAAUAAGAGGGAGACAAUUUACUCUAUCCCAUGGCAAAGACUCUAUUACCCUUCAUGGAGACGCUUGCUCAAGUGUGUGCUUUAUAAAUACGGAUGAUUGUUAUGUACAAGACGACAUAGUUUAUUACUUUGAAUUUGAAAUUUAAUAGACAGUAAUAACAGAACAUUCAGUAUAAUAAAUUAAAUAACACAUAUCUGAGAGGGUGAUAGAGCAGAUUGUUACCCCUCGAAAAGACAUUGUUAACCUUGGCUUUGCCUCAGUUGACAAUGUUUUCUCGGGGUAACAAUCUGCUCUAUCACCCUCUCAGCUAUGUGUUAUUUAUAUAUUGGUAUGCAGUUAUAUUAGCAUUGGUACAUCUCAUUUCUAUGCAGAAUAUGUUGCCCUGCCCCCUCAGUCAUGGUCUAAUUACUUUGAAACUUUGCUUAAUAUUUACAUGUAUUAGUUUGUGAUUAGAUCAGUUUAAGAUGAACCACUAAUGUUAAGUCAAUGAUAUUUGGUAUGCAUUUGCAAGUUUCAUUUCGAUGGAGAUUAUAUAGCCUCAUCCCCUCAUCAUGGUUCAUUGACUUGUACAUAGUUUACAAGUUAAUGUUUGUGUUUAGGUUUGUUUAAAGGGAACGACUUAUGAAAAGUCAGUGGUAUUUGGUAUGCAGUUGUAUUAGCAUUGGCACAUCUCAUUUCCAUGGAGAUUGUUUAGCCCUGUACCUUCAGUUAGGGUUCAUUCACUUUGAAUAUUUGCAUAUCUUACAUGUUAAAGUGUUGCCAAUUUAAUUUCAACAUUUGCAUUAUCAAAAUAACAAAUAGGCGAGACUUAUCUCUGUGUUAACAGUUUAUUAAGAUAUUGAGUAGAUAAUGAUUUUAACACAGUUGCCAAUCCUUAAUUAUACAUUUCCAGGAGUACCACAAUAGAUUUUCAUUUUUUUCUGUUUUCCAUUUUAUAUGUGCUUACAAAGGGAAUCUUAUUAAAACAUACUCUCUGCAUGUUUGUCCCUGUAGAAUACACUUUUUAAUCCCCCCGCCAUAGGUGACGGUAGCAUUAAGUGUUUCCCUUGACCAUCCGUCCUAUUUUUGUUGCAAAGCUUGAGUGGGGGCAUUCGUGUCCUCAGACACAUUCUUUUAUUUGUUAUUGUUUUAUAAACUGCCUAUGAUUAUUUUGGACAUUUAUUUCUUCCUUGAGCUUAGGGUGAUACCACCAUUGUGUUUCCCCUGUUAGUGUUUGUUAAAUUUGCAUAUUUUAAAAUGUUCAUAACUUUAGUUGAGAAAUUAUUAAAUAGGACACUGCAUGUUUCAAACAUAUUUUAUAGGAAGACCGAAAAAAAAAAGAGAGAAAAGUGCUGUAAAAUAACCAAGAAAUAUGUUUUCGAUUCAGAAAAAAUUUAAGGAAGAAAAUGCUGGGUUAAUUUCCUACAAAUGUCAAGUUCAAGGGGAUAACAGAAUCUGACGUACUAUGUUUUCUUGGUGAACACCUUUAGACAUUAUUCUGAUUAUAUUUUUUUUUAUUGCACUGUAUUUUUAGUUUCAUAAGAUGUGAAAAAGAUAUUUUCUGUAUGAUAUCAACAGUAAAUAAACUUUUGAAACUCUGCUCAACCAAACCCUUUUUCUGUGUAUCCAUGUUUCCUUGUUAUUACUUCUCCUUUGUAACCAAUAAGAAAUUGGCCAAUUUGUUUAUUACAUCCUCUGAAGCUUCAAUUAGUCUUGAGUUAUUUCCCUCUCUGUAUUUCUAAGGUCUUUGGUAGAUUAAAAGGAAUUUGAUGUCAAGGUCAUGCUCAUAAUUUAAGACUUGUUGUUUCUACUGCUCAGAAACAGAUAUCAACAAAAAUUUCUGAUUUAAAUUACAAUCUCUAUGUAAGUUGCUACAUAUUGUAACUGCAAUGCAUUCUUGUUGAAAUGAUAUCUGAUAGUUUAAGCCACUGGAAUAAUUGAAGUAAACUGUAUAGUGAUAUAACUCAUAAACCAUAGAUAGGAGAGUCCCAGGGUCUUUAUAUUUAUGACCCUUGCUUGAUAACCUUGAAUUUGAGGUCAAGGUCAAAGAUUAAUUGAUUGAUGUUCCAGAUCUAUACCUUUGCUGAUUAAAGCUACUUCUCUGAAACUAAGAAGAAUAGAGAGAGAGAUGGAGCUAAAUGUUUGGGAGAUUAAGGCAAAGAUUUAAAACAUGGAAGUUAAAAGCAAUCUGAUGAAAUUUACAUGAGUUAUUAUUGCCCCUAAAAUAUUUGAGCUAACAAUAUAUUGAUUUUUUUUUUGCACUUAUUUCAUGGAAAAUAUUGCACCAUAGAAAGGGUUGGCAACUUGUAACUAGAAUUAUACUUAAUUGAAACUUUGAAUCUCUAGCAAAUGACUUAAAGGCUUACUCAUAGGAUGUCAGAGUAAAAAGAUUUACUAAUUUUAACCAAAGCAUUACAUGUAGCCAGUUGGUAAUUUUGAAAUAUCAAAUCUCACAUUUUCAAUGUUGAGAUUGUAGAAAUUAGUUACCAUGCAUGCAUAUAUAAUAAAGUUAAAUAUUGAGAAUUAUGUAUUUAUUUACUUGUUUUGUUUAUAUUCUAAACAAUUUUAAACGAUGUUUGUUUACUUGGGGAUACCAUUGUAUGUGCCAAAUGAUAUUGUUACAUGUUGUUAUGGAAACAGGUAUAGAUAGUGUUAUGUUAUCAUAAACUUGGAUUUAUUGUCAAUGUUACUAUGGCGUCUAACAUUGGAAUUUUGUGAGCUCAUUUGCACGUACUUGUAGACUGAUUCCAAAAUAAUUUCAUAUUGUUUAGUCAUAGAUAUCAUGUUGCUGUAGCCAAUUGCCUAAACUGACUUUGUUGCCAUAGAUAAUUUUAUUUAAUAAAUCAUCAUCCCUGUUCUUAUGAAGCCAAGGUUUUACAAAAAAAAAUCUUCAGUCUAGUAUAUUUUUCUAUCUUUCUUAUUUCAAAUGUUAUUUUAUCCAUUGAUCACAAUUUUUGUAUUUGAAAGGAAAAACUAUUUUUGUGCAAUUAUCAAUUUUGUACAAUGUAAAUCAAUAGAGGAAAAUGCAUUUCAAAAUUCAUGUGUUUUGUUCAACCAUGAAAUCUGCAAAAAUUUAUAAACCAGGAAUAAAAGUAAUAUGAUUAAAUGACAAAAGUCUUCUACACAUUUAAACAGGUUUUCUUUUGGUCAAUAGAUUUUCUAGUUACCUCUUUCCAUAUAUAUAAGGCACUAGUUUACUUACUUAAAAAUUGAUGAUUUAUUGUAACUGACUGACAUAUUUUACAACUAGACAAUACAAUAUGAUAUUUCCUCAUUUAAUGAAUGACACUUUAAAUGACUGUGAUUCUGUAAAGGUAAAACUAUUGCUUAUUUAUUGUUCAAUAUUAUUCUUUGAUUGAAGGUAACAUAAUGGUUGAAGAAAAUAAUUAACUAAUUUAAAAUAGGGAUUUUUUUUUAUCUGUUGGUCAUUUUAUUUUACUUGUACCCUGGUACAUUCCGAGCCUCCCAAUUUUCAAUAAUUUUUAAAAUGUUUAUGUUAUGCUUGUGGUUGAUUAAUAUGGUAUUAGACUGAAUAUGUCAAAGUCUAGUGGAUAAAUGUUUUCAAAAAAUUUGUACAUAAAUUGUUUGGAAUGAGAAGCUACAGCUUUUUAUUCCAUUUCAUAAAACAGUUUGAACAGCCAAAUUCUACAUGUACUACAUAAAUGUGCUUUAAAUCCUAUAAAAUGAAAAAUAAAUAACUGUCACCUUAUAAAAGGAGACAAAAUAUUUUGCAUUAUACUUGUUUCUACAUUUUUUAAGUUACCAAUGAAAGAGGGAAAGUAGUCAGUAUUGCCUGCAACUAAAAUGAAUGCAAUUGCUGCAUUAUAUCAAAAAGUUCCAAUAUUAUUACCACAGACUAUAAUACUUGGGAUUAGCUAUUAUUUGUGAGAUAUCAAUUUCAUGGGUAGAGGUGAACCACAAAUUCAAAUGUUCAGUGAAGUACAAAUUUCUAUAGGCUAAUAUUCAGACAUGAAAAUAAAUGUUUUCCUCGAUCAUCAAAAUUGGUACCCAUGACAAUGUAUUGUGUGUUUUAACUUUGACGUUGUUUUUAGACGAAUCCAUGUCCCAGAUAUUAACUAGAAUCUGGAGUGUUUCUAAAAUUAACUUAAUUAAAAGAUGGUCUAUAGGUUAAGGUUCUUUAUAUUAGAUAUCGCACAAGUGACAUGAAAUGUUGAAGUUAACAGGGUAAAAUUUGUGAAUUGUUUUGAAAGUUAUAAAUCAUUUUUAAACCAUGACAUAUUUUGUGCCAAUUCAGUGUUUAUAAAGAUGCCAUAAAAAGACUUGUAGAAAAAAAUUAUACUUGGUUUAAAUGUUUGAAUCUUUAUCUUGUCUGUGUUUAUGAUAAGCUUAGAAUAGUUAUUACGGUAUUGAGAACAAUUUACUUGUCUUAAAUAUAUGUUUAAAAUGCUUUUAUUUUUAAAACUUUUAAUAUCUUUUUUUUCUCUAUAAUACAAAAUGGUUUAUAUAGAUUGUUAUUUUAAAGGAAUAAAAGUUAUUUAUUGUUUGAGAUUCUGGAAUGGUAAGAAGAUACUCAUUAUAACGCUCCAUGAUACUCUUCAGUAUUUUGGAGGAUUAAAAUGAGUUUCUUGUAAAGGAACUCCUCUUAUCUGUGAUUCUCCCUUCAGGAUGAGAAAAUUUUUCCAAAGCACUUUUCUCUCAAUCUAGAUAAAAAAAUUAUACUUCCAAGCCAACAUUAUGAUACCCCUGCCUUAUAUUUGAAAAAGGCCAUAUUUAAUACAAUAGGCAGAUUUUUUUUUCUUCUUUUAAUUACCUAAAAUAUCCCCUAAAGAAGACAGAAAAGUCUGUAUUGUGGAUGUGUUGAAGGUUAACUGGUAUGACAAAGGUCAAGCUUUUUGGUAAUAUAUGUGAAUCAUGGUCACAACAUGGUUGAGAUUUCCAUAUGUAAAUUACACAAGUAGUUUUCAUAUGCAUGAAUAAACUAACCACACCUGAAACGAAGUGGGUACAUACUAUUUUACCCAGUUUCUGCAAUCUUUUAAAAUGACUAUUGAUUAAAUAAGUGAGCACAUCUGUAGUUAUCCUGGUAGAUCUAUUAUUGUUAAGACAUUGUUAUUCUGUUCUGUAACUAUUGAGGUUUUAUGUUUUGUAUUGAUAACAUUGUUUGUUAACAGUUACAACUAUUAAUGAAAUGUUCACAGCAUUAUUACUGUUAAUGAAAUUUUCACAGCAUUAUAAAAUGUCUUCCAAAUGCUUAUAGAGUAUUUCUUUUCGUUUUUUUAAAGAUCUUAAAUCAGUUGAAUGUCGAAAAUUGUCAAGUUCCAACACAGAACUUGUUAUGUCAGGUGUUGCAUUUUUUACUUGUUUGGUAAUCAUUUUUUUUUCACAACAGAGUAUCAUAGUUUUGAACAGUGCAAGAUAUUUUCAUGGAUAAUUUUAUUGCUGGGGCUAUCUCUGCUUUUUAUGCCCCCGCCAUAGCCGAGGGGGCAUUAAGUUUUACCCUUGUCCGUCUGUAUGUACAUACGUCCCAAAGUUUAUUUUCGUUCUCUAACUUUAGUUUGCCUCAACCAAAUGUUAUGAAACUUGUACACAGUGCUUAUUACCACUAAAUACAGAUCAAGUUUGAAUUUUGGUGGCGUCACUUUUACCGUUCUAGAGUUAUGCCCCUUUACAAAUGGAAAAAUUGCUAAAUUUUUCAUUUCCGUUCUCCAACUUAAGUUUGCCUCAACCAAAUGUUAUUAAACUUAUACACAAUGCUUAUUACCACAAUAUAGAGAUCAAGUUUGAAUUUUGGUGCUGUCACUUUUACCGUUCUAGAGUUAUGCCCUUUACAAUUGCUGAAUUUUUCUUCUUUUUUAGCUCACCUGGCCAAGUGAGCUUUUCUCAUCACUUGGCGUCCGUCGUCCGUCGUCGUUAGCUUUUUACAAAAAUCUUCUCCUCUGAAACCACUGGGCCAAAUUUAACCAAACUUGACCACAAUCAUCAUUAGGGUAUCUAGUUUAAAAAAUGUGUCCGAUGAUCCCGCCAACCAGCCAAGAUGGCCACCAUGGCUAAAAAUAGAACAUAGGGGUAAAAUGUAGAUUUUGGCUUAUAUCUCUGAAACCAAAGCAUUAAGAGUAAAUCUGACAUAGGGUAAAACUGAUUAUCAGGUCAAGAUCUAUCUGCCCUGAAAUUUUCAGACAAAUCUGACAACCUGUUGUUGGGUUGCUGCCCCUGAAUUGGUAAUUUUAAGGAAAUUUUGCAGUUUUUAUACGACCGCAAAAAAAUUUUGUGGUCGUAUAUUGGUAUGACGUUGGCGUCGUCGUCCAGCGUCGUCGUCCGAAGACACAUUGGUUUUCGCACUCUAACUUUAGUUUAAGUGAAUGGAUCUUUUUGAAAUUUGACCAUAAGAUUAAAUACCACAAAAGGAAGGUUGGGAUUGAUUUUGGGGGUUAUGGUACCAACAGUUAAGGAAUUAGGGGCCAAAAAUAAGCAUUUUCUAGUUUCCAGACAAUAACUGUGGAACGGUGUAUGGAUCUCUCUGAAAUUAUACCACAAGUUUCCAUACCACAAAGGGAUGGUUAAGAUUUGCUUUGGGGGGUUAUGGCUCAAACCGUUUAGGAAUUAGGGGCAAAAAAGGGGGAAAAACAAGGUUGUCCUGGUUAAUGGACAAAUACUUUAGUACAAAACAUAAUUUUAAGCAGUGUAAGGGAGAUAAAUCAAAUACAUCAUUGAAAUUAUCUCCCUUACACUGCUUUUAAAUUAUGUAUAAAGUAAUGGUUAAUGAACAAUAAAGAUAAUUUAAAACAGUGUAAGGGAGGUAAUCCAAAAACAACGUUUUGGUUACUCCCUUACACUGCUUUUAAAUUAUGUUUAAAGAAAUGCAUAUUUAUAAAGGAAGACCAGUAAAAAUAUCUGCAAAUGUUGCAUCUUUUUUUUUUACAAAAAAAUCCAUAUGAAAGAUUUGACACUAUAUUUUAUAUUCUAUUAUAAAAUAGAUUAAGUUAGCACUAUGGUAAAUUUAAAUGGGUAAUUAUGGUUGCCAACUCCAUUGGAAAUUUGAAUUGAGAUUAUGACCAUAUCUUGAGGGAAAGAAUUUUUUUAGGGAAAAAAGGGGGGGGAUAAAAAGAAAUUGUGGGGGGUCAAUUUUUUCUCAUUUCAGAUUUCAGAAAUUAAAAAGAAUUAUUCAAAUAUUAUUUUUUUUUUCAAAUUUCAAAUAUUGAAAAAUUUCAAGAAGUAAUCUUUAAUUGCACAGUAUGGCACAUAAGAUUUGUAAAAUCUUUGAUUACAUUUAUUUAUUUGUUAUGCCGAAUCUAACAGUGUAUUUAGAUUUUUAAUUUUGGGUCCAGUUUUCAAAUUGGUCUACAUUAAGGUCCAAAGGGUCCAAAAUUAAACUUUGUUUGAUUUUAGCAAAAAUUGAAUAUAUGGGGUUCUUUGAUAUGCUGAAUCUAAACAUGUAUUUAGAUUUUUGAUUUUUGGCCCAGUUUUCAAGUUGGUCCAAAUUGGGGUCCAAAAUUAAACUUUGUUUGAUUUCAACAAAAAUUGAAUAUAUGGGGUUCUUUGAUAUGCUGAAUCUAAACAUGUAUUUAGAUUUUUUAUUUGUGGACCCCGUUAUCAAAUUGGUUCAUAUUGAGGUCAAAAGGGUCCAAAAUUAAACUUUGUUUGAUUUCAUCAAAAAUUGAAUUAUUGGGGUUCUUUGAUCUGCCAAAUCUAACCGUGUAUUUAGAUUUUUAAUUUUGGGUCCAUUUUUCAAAAUAGUCUACAUUAAGGUCCAAAGGGUCCAAAAUUAAACUUUGUUUGAUUUUAGCAAAAAUUGAAUAUAUGAGGUUCUUUGAUAUGCUGAAUCUAAACAUGUAUUUAGAUUUUUGAUUUUUGGCCCAGUUUUCUAGUUGGUCCAAAUUGGGGUCCAAAAUUAAACUUUGUUUGAUUUCAACAAAAAUUGAAUAUAUGGGGUUCUUUGAUAUGCUGAAUCUAACCAUGUAUUUAGAUUUUUUAUUUGUGGACCCCGUUAUCAAAUUGGUUCAUAUUGGGGUCAAAAGGGUCCAAAAUUAAACUUUGUUUGAUUUCAUCUAAAAUUGAAUUAUUGGGGUUCUUUGAUCUGCCAAAUCUAACCGUGUAUUUAGAUUUUUAAUUUUGGGUCCUGUUUUUGAAAUUGGUCUACAUUAAGGUCCAAAGGGUCCAAAAUUAAACUUAGUUUGAUUUUAACAAAAAUUGAAUUCUUGGGGUUCUUUGAUAUGCUGAAUCUAAACAUGUGUUUAGAUUUUUGAUUAUGGGCCCAGUUUUCAAGUUGGUCCAAGAUAGGGUACAGUAUUUAAACUUUGUUUGAUUUCAACAAAAAUUGAAUAUAUGGGGUUCUUUGAUAUGCUGAAUCUAAACAUGUAUUUAGAUUUUUGAUUAUGGGCCCAGUUUUCAAGUUGGUCCAAAUUGGGGUCCAAAAUUUAACUUUGUUUGAUUUCAACAAAAAUUGAAUAUAUGAGGUUCUUUGAUAUGCUGAAACUAACCAUGUAUUUAAAUUUUUUGUUUGUAGGCCCCACUAUCAAAUUGGUUCAUAUUGAGGUCAAAAGGGUCCAAAAUUAAACUUUGUUUGAUUUCAUCAAAAAUUGAAUUAUUGGGGUUCUUUGAUAUGCCAAAUCUAACCGUGUUUUUAGAUGUUUAAUUUGGGUCCCAUUUUUUAAAUUGGUCUUCAUUGAGGUUCAAAGUGUCCAAAAUUAAACUUAGUUUGAUUUUAACAAAAAUUGAAUUCUUGGGGUUCUUUGAUAUGCUGAAUCUAAACAUGUGUUUAGAUUUUUGAUUAUGGGCCCAGUUUUCAAGUUGGUCCAAGUUGGGGUCCAAAAUUAAACUUUUUUUGAUUUCAACAAAAAUUGAAUAUAUGGGGUUCUUUGAUAUGCUGAAUCUAACCAUGAAUUUAGAUUUUUUAUUUGUGGGCCCCGCUAUCAAAUUGGUUCAUAUUGAGGUCAAAAGGGUCCAAAAUUAAACUUUGUUUGAUUUCAUCAAAAAUUGAAUUAUUGGGGUUCUUUGAUAUUCCAAAUCUAACCGUGUAUUUAGAUUUUUAAUUUUAAGUCCCGUUUUUUAAAUUGGUCUACAUUAAGGUCCAAAGGGUCCAAAAUUAAACUUAGUUUGAUUUUAGCAAAAAUUGAAUUCUUGGGGUUCUUUGAUAUGCUGAAUCUAAACAUGUGUUUAGAUUUUUGAUUAUGGGCCCAGUUUUCAAGUUUGUCCAACUUGGGGUCCAAGAUUAAACUUUGUUUGAUUUUAACAAAAAUUGAAUAUAUGGGGUUCUUUGAUAUGCUGAAUCUAACCAUGUAUUUUGAUUUUGGACAUUGGACCAUAAUAGGUAAAUUAAAAAAAUUCAAGUUCUUAGACCUCAUUCUUUCUGUGUCAGAAACCUAUGCUGUGUCAAAUAUUUAAUAACAAUCCAAAUUCAGAGCUGUAUCAAGCUUGAAUGUUGUGUCCAUACUUGCCCCAACUAUUCAGGGUUCGACCUCUGCGGUCGUAUCAAGCUGCGCCCCAGCGAAGCAUUUUAUUUGUAAAUUUUUGUAAUCUUUUACAAAAAUCUUCUUCUCUGAAACUACUGAGACAAAUUUAACCAUACUUGGCCAUAAUCAUUAUUAGGGUAUCUAGUUUAAAAAAUUUGUCCGAUGACCCCGCCUUCCAACCAUCAUGGCCGACUUGGUUAAAAAUAGAACAUAGGGGUAAAAUGCAGUUUUUGGUUUAUAUCUCUGAAACUAAAGCAUUUAGUGCAAAUCUGACAGGUGGCUAAAAUGUUCAUCAGAUUUAGAUUUAUCUGCCCUGAAAUUUUCAGACGAAUCCGACAACCUGUUGUUGGGUUGCUGCCCCUGAGUUAGUAAUUUUACAAAAAUUUUGCAGUUUUUUGUUAUUAUCUUAGAUAUCAUUAUAAUAUCUAAUAUCUAAUACUAUUAAUUAUGAUUUUAACCUUAUUUUACAUGAUUUCCAAAGCAUUAGUAAAUACAGGUGAGCGACACAGGCUCUUGAGAGCCUCUAGUUUUUUUCUAAAUAUCAAGUAUUUUUAAAAUUGGAGUUAUCUUUCUUUGUCCAUGAUUAUAGUUGAAUCAACUACAAUCAAUGCUUUAUACAAUGCAAUGUUUAAUUUUACCUUCCACUGAUAAAUUAAAGCAAUUUUUACCCUUCAUUUCUAAAAAUAUUUUAAAGUUUUCUUUGAAAAUUGGAGUUAUCAUUUUUUGUGCAUAAUGGUAGUUGAAUCAUCUACAACCAAUGCUUUAUACAAUGCAAUAUUCAAUUUUACUUCCUACUGAUAAAUUAAAGCAAUCUUUACCAUUCAGUGCUUACAAGUACUUUGAUUACUGUUCUAGAGUUAAGCCCAUUUACAAAUGAAAAAAAAUUGUAAGGGUUCCGCGGAACCCAGUGUCUCGCCUACUUUUUCUGUUAAACGCAGGCUCAACAAAAAUGAGGAAGUAAAUCAAUAAAAAUAUUCCUCUUGAUACUAUCUUUUGAUUGUAAGAAGCUUCUGUCCAAGUUUGGUAAAAAUCCAGGAUAGUUUAUGAAUCUAAUAAAUGUUUAAAAACUUUAACUGCAGACUGAAUGUAAUGUUAACUGGAAGAAAACAAAAUUUCCUUCUAGAUACUAGCAUUUGAUCAUAAACAAGCUUCUGUCCAAGUUUGGUACAAAUCCAAAAUAGUACAAGAAAGUUAUUAAAAUUUUAAAAACUUGAACCACAGAGUGAAUAUGUUGUUUCCUGGCAGAAAAUCUAAGUCCAUUUAAAAGUAAAAUAAGAAAAAAUGGAUUUAUUUUUUUACAAAAUUUACUUCUAGAUACUAUCUUAUGAUCAUAAACAAGCUUCUGUCCAAGUUUGGUACAAACCCAAGAUAGUUUAAGAAAGUAAUUAAAAUUUUAAAAACUUUAACCACAGAGUGAAUGUAAUAUUUCCCGGCAGAAAAACUAAGUCCAUUUAUAAGUAAAAUACGGAAAAAAUGGAAUUUUAUUUUUACAAAAUUUACUUCUGGAUACUAUCUUAUGAUCAUAAACAAGCUUCUGUCCUAGUUUGGUAGAAAUCCAGGAUAGUUUAAGAAAGUUAUUAAAAUUUCAUAAACUUUAACCACAGAGUGAAUAUUUGUGGACGCUGCCGACGACGACGCCGACGGAAUGUAGGAUCGCUAUGUCUCGCUUUUUCGACUAAAGUCGAAGGCUCGACAAAAAUUGCUGAAUUUUUCGUUUCCGUUCUCUAACUUGAGUUUGUCUUAAAUUAAUAUAAUGAAAUGUAUAUAUAAUGCUUUUUACCACAAAACUCAGUUUAAUUUGUUUCCGUUCUCUAACUUUAGUUUGCCUCAACCAAAUGUUAUGAGACUUAUACACAAUGCUUAUUACCACAUAAUACAGAUCAAGUUUGAAAUUGGGUGGUGUCACUUUUACCGUUCUUUAGUUAUCCCCCUUUAUAAACAUAAAAAUUGCUGAAUUUUCCGUUUCCGUUCUCUAACUUUAGUUUGCCUCAAUCAAAUUUUAUGAAACUUAUACACAAUGCUUAUUACCACUUAAUACAGAUCUAAUUAGAAAUUGGGUGGUGUCACUUUUACUGUUCUUGAGUUAUGUCCCUUUAUAAACAUAAAAAUUGCUGAAUUAUUUAUUUCCGUUCUCUAACUUUAGUUUACCUCAACCAAAUGUUAUGAGCCUUAUACACAAUGCUUAAUACCACAAAACUCAGAUCAAGUACAAAUUUAGGUAGAGUCACUUUUACAGUUCUUCAGUUAUGUCCCUUUAUAUCUUUAUAUGUUAUGCAAGCGGGGGCAUCAUGUGUCCAUGCAUGGAAACAAACCACAUUUAUUUAUAUAGGAUUGAUUAUAUAUAAGAGAAAUAAUUUUAGAAAUUUUGCUGUUUCUGAAACAGUGAAAUAAACUUUCUGAUGCAAUUGAUAUUUAUUUGGUUUGCUUUUCUUAAGAAUCAUAUGUUUUUCAAGUUCGUUAUAAACUUUAAUAUUAACAAGUUCAUGAAAGUAGAGGUCUUUGGAUUAAUUUCUUCUUAUAAAUAUGAGUGAUUUUAUAAAAGGUUUGGAACAAGCCUCCACUGUACACACUCUUUUUAAAAGUCAAUCAAUUGCAGUAAAAACUUAGUUCCGAGAUUUUGAGAAACAUCUCUUCUAAAUCUUCAAUAAAAUAUAAAGAAUUAAGAAUUUCCACCAUUUUCAAAUGACAUUUAAAAACUCGUAGUGUUUGGAUUGAACAUAAUAUCCUGAACUUAUUCCUCAUGGAAAAUUUAUUCAUUGAUUGCUAUUUUUUAAAAAUGGCCACAAAAAUAUGUUAAGAGUACCGGUAAUGUGCUUAUAUUUCAUUUUUAAUAUGGCUGUGAAUUUUGAGAAAAACGUUACAGUUUAUAAUAUAAACUUUCCUAAUGUUAUCUGCUAAUAGAACUAGGAUGAAAAAUGAAAACUAAUUUUUUUUGCUUUUACAAACUUAUCACAAUUAAAUUUUCCACUAAUUGGCUCUGCCAAUCUUAUGCUGGUAGCAUAUUUUCUAAGUUGCUGAGCAUGAGUAUAAAUAAGUAUUUUUCAUGUGCCUUACACAAAAGUGUGCAAGCAGGGUAGUUGACAUGUCAGUUUUCACAUUUAAUGUGUAUAGGCAAUGAAAUUAUCUUGCAGCCAAGAUGAAAUCUUCUACGAUAAAAUGUGAUAAAAUGAAAUAAAAUUCCAAGACUUUUGAAUUUAAGGAUUCAUUAAUAUUUAUUGCCCCAAUAUAGCAGUGUCAUGCUGAUCUUAAGUUAAGCAAACAUUCUUCAUCAAUCAGAUAUUUGGCCAUAAAAUCAGGAUGAAUAUACCUAUCAUGUACUUUGUAAUACUAAACUUCAAUUACAAAAAAUAAAUUUUGAAUAAUUGUGUUGAGUAUUGUAUACCUAUAACUAUUUGUCCACCAUUUUUCAGGACAUCACAAAUGUUCCUGUAAAAUUUUGACAACACAAAAGAAAUUGUUUGACACCAUGAUGCAAAAGUGAUAGUUGUUUAAGCCAUUAGUUCAAGUGUCACAAAAUCUUGUGUCAAGUGUUGCAGAUUUCAAAAUAGCUAUAAGGUCUUACAUUUCUUAGUGACUUAAAAAUGAAAAAAAAACUAAAAGGUGAUUACUGAUAACACACUUUAUGACAAUUUAAAAAGUAAAUAAACAUAAAAUAAUUUAA